AUGAUGCUUCCCACAUUCGCUUUAUCCACUUCAAUAGUGGUUCUUUUCGGUUCUUCGAUGGUUAAUGCUGAGAUUGAUUUGCAUAUUGAGGAUGAUAAUUCAAUCAAGAAUGCGGCUGCUACGAUAGCAUAUGAUAUGAUGACAUAUUAUAAGGGAAAUCAAUCAGGAGGAAUACCUGGAGUUUUACCUGGACCUCCACCAGAUCCUUCUUGGGGUUACUAUUGGUGGGAAUCUGGGGCAAUGUGGGGAACUCUUAUCGAUUAUUGGUAUUAUACUGGCGAUUCCUCAUAUAACGAUGAUGCGAUGGCAGGUAUUCAAUGGCAGACGGGGGCAAAUAAUGAUAUGAUGCCGGCGAAUUGGUCACAAUCUAUGGGAAAUGAUGAUCAAGGUUUCUGGGGAAUGACAGCUAUGAGUGCGGCAGAAACGAAAUUUCCAGAUCCUCCUUCUGACAGACCGGGUUGGUUGGCUUUGGCUCAGGCCGUUUUCAAUACUCAAGCAUGGAGAAUUGAUAAUUCUAGUUGUGGUGGAGGUUUACGUUGGCAAGUUUAUCCAUAUCUUACGGGUUACAAUUAUAAGAACUCUAUCGCAAAUGGAUGUUUCUUCAAUAUCGGUGCGAGACUUGCAAGGUAUACGAACAAUGAGACGUACGCUCAGUUUGCUGAAGAAACGUGGAAUUGGGUCACAAGUGUUGGAUACAUGGACAAGAAUUAUAAUAUCUUUGAUGGUGCUCACAUUGAAGAGAAUUGUACGGAUAUUAACAAGGUUCAAUUCUCUUACAAUUCGGGAGUUUAUCUACUCGGUGCAGCUACUAUGUAUAACUACACAAAUGGCUCCGCGAUUUGGGAAGAACGUGUCAAAGGACUCCUCAAUGCUACCUUUACAAAUUUCUUUCCCACUAAUAAAAUCGCCUACGAAAUCGCUUGCGAAGCAAAACUCUCUUGUACAACGGAUAUGUUUUCAUUCAAAGCAUUCCUCACUCGAUGGUUGGCCGCAACUACCAAGAUGGCUCCUUUCACUUAUGAUCUAAUCAUGCCAUAUCUCAAGGCUUCAGCAGUUGCUGCUGCCAAACAAUGUUCCGGUUCAAGUCCAUUUCCUGGUAGAACAUGUGGAUUAAGUUGGAGCAAAGGUGUUGCUUGGGAUGGAACUUCAGGAGUGGGACAACAAAUGGCAGCCAUGAGUGCAAUAUUUGUCAAUUUAGUUCAACAAAUUCAAGCUCCUGUGACGAACAGUACCGGAGGAACUAGUGUGGGGAAUAGUGCGGCGGGGAGUGGUAGUACAAGUAGUUUGGAUUCGGUAACUCCACCGACGACUGGAGAUAGAGUUGGGGCGGGGAUGGUUACUACGGUUGUAUUGGUGGGGAUGACGGGGAUGUUUGGGUGGAUGAGCCUUUGA